UACCGCCAUCUACAGUGACGCCUACCACACUAACCAUGCCGCCUACGUUCAUGGCACAGAUGUACACAGUGACAAUGGGCGCCCACAUCCCCAACGGCGUCCAGCUCCCGGGGGCCAACUACACCUCAGCCACUUCCUGCACCACCGCCUGUGACAGCAUGUCUACCUGUAUCGCCGCCGACUGGAACGUGGCCUUCAAUACGUGUUUCCUUCACACUGCUGUCACUGGAUGUAACGCUCUGGUCAACAAGACGACCUGUAAUAACUACAGGAGAGUAGGAGCUUGUACAACGACAACAACACCUUCUACACUGACCCUUGCCCAGCUCUUGGCUAAUUUCAAUGUCACCCCCAACAUGAACAUCAUGGGUGGUGUGGAGCAGACCAACCUGACUUCUCUCAUGGCCUGCGCGGCUGCCUGCAACUCGAACCCAAUGUGUUUCGGAUUUGACUACAACAACGGGACCAGCGGGUGCUACUUCUUCUUCGGGAUGGCCGAGUGCGGAACCUUGCAGUCGGCUCCCGGUGUGAACCAUUACAGGAGGAUCACCGUGUUCUGUGGCGCAACACCAGCCACUACCCCCGCUACCACAGCCGCCCCGAUCGUCCCGACCGUCACCUUCCCAUCCUUCACAUUACCGAACAUUUUCCUUCCAAAUAAUCCUAACAACAUCAUUUCGAACUUAUUUGGUAUUCCGACCCUUAAUAUUCCGGGACUCAAUAAUAUUCCGGGACUCAAUAUCCCAGGCCUGAAUAUUCCGCCGGCAACAACGACCACCAUCAACCCAUUCCUGAGUUUCUUUCAGAAUCAGCUGGCACCACAGCAGCAGAAUUUUGCAAGUUUCUUACCAGUGACCGGCGCCCCGCCUGUAUUCCCACAGUUCCAACAAUUCCCACAAUUCCAACAAUUCCCACAGUUUCCUGGAGGCGGUGGUGCUUUUGGUUUUGGUAAGCGUAGGAAGCGCUCAGUGGAAGAGAAGCACGCGGCUCGUGACAUUUCGCCCCUAAGAGGAUAGCCAGCUCGGAGUUGGCCUCUCAUCUGCAUUCGUCACGGCAUUAUUGUAAUUGAC